AUGUCUAGAAGAGGCAAAGGUGGUAACCGUAAAGUGUUGCGUGAUAAUAUCCAGGGAAUCACCAAACCUGCUAUCCGCCGUCUAGCUCGUCGUGGCGGAGUGAAGCGAAUCUCCAGCCUGAUCUAUGAGGAGACCCGCGGGGUGCUGAAAGUGUUCCUGGAGAAUGUGAUCCGCGAUGCCGUCGCCUACACCGAGCACGCGAAGAGGAAGACCGUCACCGCCAUGGAUGCGCUGAAUGCGCUGAAGCGCCAGGGUCCACUGUAUGGAUUUGGAGGUUAA